CCCCAGAGAGUGCGUGUGCGUCACUGCAGUGUGUGUGUGUGUCUGUCUCUGUCUCUGUGUGUGUGUCUGUGUGUGUGUCUGUGUGUCUGUGUGCUCACGCGUGUGUCCAUGGUCCAGGUACAUAUUCAUUAACCUGUUAUUUUGACAUUAUGUGGACCAUUUUUUCGGUCCCCACAAGGGGAAAUUCAAUUUUAUAAAAAGAAAAUCUGUAACCGCAAUCAAAAAACUAAAAAUAUCUAAAGUCUUGUAUUUUGUUUGGUUACUUAUGGUUAAGGGUUAAGGUCGUCAUUGUUGGGAUUAGGGUUUUGCCCAUAGAAAUUAAUGGAUAGGCCUCUGCAAAGAUAUUAACACAGGUGUGUGUGUGUGUGUGUGUGUGUGUGUGUGUGUGUGUGUGUGUGUGUGUGUCUAUCCAGUCACAUGACAGGAGGCUGCUGUGGGUUUAAUAGGACCAUGAAUAUAUUUCGCUGGAGUAUUAUGUCUGUUCAUCUGUGUUUUUGGGUGUUUUACCAUUGAAUCAUUUAUACUUGUGAAACAAAAUCAAAGGCUUUGCCCUGAAACACUGUGCAGCCUGAUGUGACUGAAGAAGAUGCCAGUUUACCUGCAACAUUCCAUAAACUGUUUAGGCUCCUGCUGGACAAGAAAGGCUGACUUAAUCAUGGAUGGAUGGAUGGAUGGAUGGAUGGAUGGAUGGAUGGAUGUUGGGGUGGAUGGAUAAAUCAUCUGAAUCUGACUGGUGAAUGGUAGGACAGAUGUCAACCACUACACCCUUCUCCAUCACAUACACUCUCCAGAGGCGUGAGGGCCACACCCACACUACACCCUUCUCCGUCACAUACACUCUCCAGAGGCGUGAGGGCCACACCCGCACUACACCCUUCUCCGUCACAUACACUCUCCAGAGGCAUGAGGGCCACACUCACACCCGCACUACACCCUUCUCCGUCACAUACACUCUCCAGAGGCGUGAGGGCCACACCUGCACUACACCCUUCUCUGUCACAUACACUCUCCAAAGGCGUAAGGGCCACACCCGCACUACACCCUUCUCUGUCACAUACACUCUCCAGAGGCAUGAGGGCCACACUCACACCCGCACUACACCCUUCUCCGUCACAUACACUCUCCAGAGGCAUGAGGGCCACACCCGCACUACACCCUUCUCCGUCACAUACACUCUCCAGAGGCAUGAGGGCCACACUCACACCCGCACUACACCCUUCUCCGUCACAUACACUCUCCAGAGGCAUGAGGGCCACACUCACACCCACACUACACCCUUCUCCGUCACAUACACUCUCCAGAGGCGUGAGGGCCACACCUGCACUACACCCUUCUCCGUCACAUACACUCUCCAGAGGCGUGAGGGCCACACCCGCACUACACCCUUCUCCGUCACAUACACUCUCCAGAGGCGUGAGGGCCACACUCACACCCGCACUACACCCUUCUCCGUCACAUACACUCUCCAGAGGCAUGAGGGCCACACUCACACCCGCACUACACCCUUCUCCGUCACAUACACUCUCUAGAGGCAUGAGGGCCACACUCACACCCGCACUACACCCUUCUCCGUCACAUACACUCUCCAGAGGCAUGAGGGCCACACUCACACCCGCACUACACCCUUCUCCGUCACAUACACUCUCCAGAGGCAUGAGGGCCACACUCACACCCGCACUACACACUUCUCCGUCACAUACACUCUCCAGAGGCAUGAGGGCCACACUCACACCCGCACUACACCCUUCUCCGUCACAUACACUCUCCAGAGGCAUGAGGGCCACACUCACACCCGCACUACACCCUUCUCCGUCACAUACACUCUCCAGAGGUGCGAGGGCCACACUCACACCCGCACUACACCCUUCUCCGUCACAUACACUCUCCAGAGGCGUGAGGGCCACACCCGCACUACACCCUUCUCCGUCACAUACACUCUCCAGAGGCGUGAGGGCCACACCCGCACUACACCCUUCUCCGUCACAUACACUCUCCAGAGGCGUGAGGGCCACACCCACACUACACCCUUCUCUGUCACAUACACUCUCCAGAGGCGUGAGGGCCACACCCGCACUACACCCUUCUCCGUCACAUACACUCUCCAGAGGCGUGAGGGCCACACCCACACCCGCACUACACCCUUCCCUGUCACAUACACUCUCCAGAGGCGUGAGGGCCACACCCACACCCGCACUACACCCUUCUCCGUCACAUACACUCUCCAGAGGCGUGAGGGCCACACCCACACCCACACUACACCCUUCUCCGUCACAUACACUCUCCAGAGGUGCGAGGGCCACACCCGCACUACACCCUUCUCCGUCACAUACACUCUCCAGAGGCGUGAGGGCCACACCCACACCCGCACUACACCCUUCUCCGUCACAUACACUCUCCAAAGCAGCAAGUUAUUUUUCUUUUCUGUCUUUGAUUUUAAAUCCCCCCUGUAGUCAUUCACACAGCCUGUUCAAUUUGACUUUCAACAAAGGAAACACAUGCUUCAAUGCUAUAAUUUUAUUCAAAUUCAAAAUGAAGCUGGAAUGUAAAAACUGUAUUCAUCAUAAAAUUCGUGGAGGAUGACCGCCCUGCAAGCCCCCUCCGGCACCCCCACACAGACCGGCUCCGCCCAUCCCAGCCUCCUUAGCCUUCUAUUUCCUCCGGGUUUCUUGCUGCUUCUGACUCCAAGGUCACCCUCCCCCCCCCCCCCCGGCAUGGACCGGAAAAGUGGUACGGAUGUCAGGACCCCCCACGGCCGUGCGCAGUGACCACCUCAUGCAGACAGCAGCCUCACACUGACGUCACGCCGUCUUCCCCUGUUUAUUUAGGGAUUUAAAAAGUGAUUUUUUUCAUGAAAUCACAGGAUGGUGCAGGGAAGGAUUCUGACGCUGGUUCUUCUGUCCGUUUUGCAUCGAGUCGUGACUCUUGCUGUGGGCAGGGCUCCUUUCCAGGCGCCCUUGAGGUUUCCGAGCCGCAGAGGAGGGUCGCGUACAGAUUCUGGAAGCUGUCUGUAUGUUUGACUCCACAGCCAGGGAGGUGGGGUGUCUGUGAGGUCAGCCGUGUGACAGGCUCGCUUCCUGCCCAUGCGAGACCGUGUCCCCGAGCGGCCCCCACGUGCCAUGGCACCCCGCCAGUCAGGUGGGGGUUCUGGCCAGUUCUUCUAGUACCGCCCCACCGACGUGCCGCUUUUGGUUCUGCCAGGGACCCCAUCGCUGGCGUUUGAGAGAGAGCCGCAGCAGUGACGUCCUCGGUGACGUACCGGUGCAGGCUUCUGGCACGAGUUCGCAGCCCUGUCUUUGGGUCAGACCGCCAGGCCCGACGCCAAACCGUCACUAUCAGGCGGCAUCGCAGCGUGUUCUCUGCCGCUGCCGCUUUAACCGGCCCGCAAAGCUUUUGGUUCUGCUUUUACUCCUUUGUUAAUGUUUCAUACCUGCUUGUUCUGUGGCCUUUGCUUAUGUGAUCAUUGUAAUUCUAACUAUUGUUUUUGUUUAUCCAUCCGUCCACCCGUUCAUUGUCAUGGUUAUUCACCUAGCAUGCAGCUUUAUAUCUGUGAUGUCCCCCUUCUAACCUCUGACCCCAGAUCCUUGUGCCCC